AUUAAAAGCAGUAUUUAUAAUAAAAAAAAUUUCCAUAUUUAAUGAUACUUAUGAAACAUAUAAUGUUGUGUUGUGGGAAUAUUAAACAAGAUAAACUAAAUUAGAAUUAGUCUAGUCUAAUUAGUAGUCAACUUAAAUCUAAUAAACGAGAUUUUUGCAUAAAUCAACAACAGCAAAAAACAAAGCAAACCGGUGCUGUGCUUAUCACUGAGUUUGCUGAGGGCAGCUAUGGCAAGUGUGGGGCGUGUGUCGUACCUAACUAGCAAAUUAUAUACACAGUACUUGGGCAGAAGCAACACAGGCAGGUUAUCAGCACUUGGAAAAGCAAAUACAACGAAUUUUGCAAAUCUUCUAGUCUCGCAAUUUAAUAAAAUUUCUUUUGCUAAUAUGUCAUAUUCUUCCAUGGAAAUCUCGAAGCCGAUACUUUAUUCGUAUUGGCGUAGCUCGUGCUCAUGGCGUGUGCGGAUCGCAUUAAAUCUGAAGGAGAUACCAUACGACAUUAAACCCAUUAGCCUCAUUAAGUCUGGCGGUGAACAACAUUGCAAUGAAUACCGCGAAGUCAAUCCAAUGGAACAGGUGCCCGCAUUACAAAUUGAUGGACACACACUUAUCGAAUCAGUGGCUAUUAUGCACUAUCUAGAAGAGACACGUCCACAACGUCCACUUCUACCACAAGAUGUACAUAAACGCGCUAAAGUGCGUGAGAUCUGUGAGAUUAUCUGUUCGGGCAUACAGCCAUUGCAAAAUUUGAUUGUUCUCAUACAUGUAGGCGAGGAGAAAAAGAAGGAAUGGGCUCAGCACUGGAUAACACGUGGUUUUCGUGCUGUUGAGAAAGUCCUUUCCACUUCAGCCGGCAAAUACUGUGUAGGCGAUGAGAUUUCAAUGGCUGAUUGCUGCCUUGUACCACAGGUUUUCAACGCAAGAAGAUUUCACGUUGAUCUUCGCCCUUAUCCAAUCAUUUUGCGCAUAGAUCGGGAACUGGAGAGUAACCCUGCAUUCCGUGCUGCUCAUCCCUCCAACCAACCGGACUGCCCCCCGGAACUGCCAAACAAAUAGAAUUUUCCGUCAACAACUGCAAAACGACGCAAGACGAAAAAAUAGUUGCAGUUAAAAACGAAGUACCAAAAAAAAUCCAAAACAAUGAUUUUAAUGAAUAGGAACAAAAUGAGAUGAAAUUUUGAGAUGAAAAUAUGAUAAAGAUAAAAGAUUAAUUUAAUUAUAAAACUAUAAAAAAUAAAAUAUAAAACAAAACAGUUGAUGUGA